GUGGCAGGAACACCUGGCUCGGGUUACAGCAGCAGAGGGAGCCGAGGGGCUGGACUGAGCCAAAAUAACUCAGUGCGCAGCUAUGACUAAAUGUCUGGAGUCGCGGCCACAAGAGAAAAACACAGACUGAUCAUUCAGGAAGACCAAAGGCUGCGAACAGAGCUCAGCUUUCCUCUCGAGUCUUGGACAAAAGAGCAGAAAGACUCCUCUUUUUUUGGGGAACUCUCUGGUUUUCUAAGUUUUAAUUUGCAGAUGCAACUGGAGCCUGGCUCUGCUUCCUCACAACCAUGACUUCUCAGAGCUUUGGCAGCAACAUGCUGUUCCAGACCAUAAACGACGACCUGAAUGCAUCGCUGGCUACGGCGGAUGAGUUGUCCAGAGAAUUUAACUCCCUGCUGAACGAGGCCUCGUCCUCCUCGUCCUCCAACAACAACAACAACGACACGACUUCUGCGUCUCAGACCAGCUCCACCAUUUACAGGGAGCAGCCUCAAUUCACCGCAGGCUCCAGCUCCUCCAUCACGUCGUGGGACUUGGGCGGCAGCCCAAAUGGCAGCUCCACGAAUUUAUCUUCGAGAUCAGCCCCUUACAGUCCCACCGACUCCACAGAGUUGUACACCAGCCCGCACUCAUCCCCUAAAGUCCAGAGGGCGGGACACAUGCCCCGGUCUGAAUCUGACACCUACCUGUCCAGGCGGCAGAGCCCUCAACAGUCGCCUCACAGCCAAAGACGCGGCUCCCCGUCUCGUUACGACAGGAGCCCAAAAGGCUCAGUCGCUUACAUAGAACGGAGCCCUUCUCCAAGCCGCACAUCUGGUCCUUUGGACCAACCGGGUCGCUCUGCUCCGGGGCAGGGGUCCUUCAACAUGCUCAGCCCAUAUGACAGCAACCAGAUGGGCCGCCGGUCACCCCGGCUGGAAAGAAGUCCCUCUCCCUUGUUAUUUAAUCAUCCGAUGUCCAGCACGCUUCCUCGAAAUUUCAACGUUUUCAAUCAAUCCAACGAUAGUUUGCAGCGCCAAAAGAGUCCUGGCAAGUGGAAUGAGACCGACCUGGAUGUGUCCUACGAGAGAAAGCCGCACCACACCUAUGACAAGACAGAGUGGCUGCGGCCGUCUGUGCCAAACAGCAACUGGCGGGAAUCCAACCUGGAUAACCCGACUCCAGCCCCAGGCCCAAAAAAGGAUCCCCGCUCUAACUCUCAUCAGUAUUCCCACGCUUCCCUUCCCCGCAAUGCACGGAUAUCGGUGCCGCCAGAUGUUUCGUCCCCGACGCACUCCCCUUACCACCCUCAACCCAUCAUCUCCCGCAUUUCCAUCCCUCCCGCUUCUGCUCAGUCCCGCCAACACAAGCCCAUUCCCCUCUCGGUCAUCAUGCGCCUCCAAAACCCCCAAUGGGGAGCGAUGACACCCCAGCACCCCAGGGUCCUGGGACGGGAAGGAGGAGGAGGAGGAGGCAUGCCACCUUACCAACCACCUGUGCCCAUGUCGAGGGAAUUCUUCCGCCAACAUGGAUUCCAGCCACAGCAACAGCCUCCUGAGCUGAGACAACCAGCUGUAUAUAGUGACGCUCUGAACCCAGGGGAUGUAGACGCAGAGUUGGAGCGCGUGGACUUUACUCAUCAGCUCCCCACGAUUACGCAGACUCCCACCAUACCAGAAGGGAGGGAAGUCGAGCACGUCUCCCAGCCGGCCCCCCGUCCCCUGAGCCCCACCAGGCUGCAGCCGGUGAUGGCCCCCGAGGCUCAGAGCGACGUGAUGCCGGACCUGGAGGAGCUGCUCCGCAUCAGGGCGGAAAUCCCUCGGCCCCUGAAGAGACGGGGCUCCGUGGACCAGUCGCGUCCCAUGAAGAAGGCCUCGCAUUACCAGCCGAACCAGUACAGGCAUCUCAUCGACAGGCUGUUUCGCAAGAAGGAGCACCGCAACAAGGGAGAGCAAGGCAGCGAGUCCAGCAGCUCCUCGGACGGGGAGGAAGGCGCCACGCCUCCUUCCCGUCCACCUGCAACUCAGACGUCCACGCCGAAGUUCCUGGACAUCAAAAACUAUCAUUCAAUCCUGCGGCAGAACAAGAAAGACCGCAAAAGUUCUGGAAAGCGAGCCCGGCUCAGUCCGCUGGUCCUGCUGCUGGACGGAGCGCUGGUCGGGGAGCUGGAGACGGUGCAGCGAGCUGUGCAGGAGAUGACUGACCCUAGCCAGCCAAACGAUGAAGGCAUCACUGGCCUUCAUAACGCCAUCUGCGGCGGCCAUCACCAGGUGGUGGACUUCCUGGUUCGCAUCGGAGUCAACGUCAGUGCACAGGACAGUCAUGGCUGGACCCCACUGCAUUGUGCGGCAUCUUGUAACGACCGUAAUCUGUGUGAGUUCCUGGUGCGGAGUGGAGCCGCCGUCAUGGCCAUGACAGAGAGCGACGGAGCUACUGCUUCCCAGAAAUGUGAUCCUUACGCUACUGGAUAUGAGGAGUGUGAGAGUUUCCUGAGGGGUGUGGAGGAGGCCAUGGGGGUGGAGAACAGCGGGGUGCUCUACGCUCUGUGGAGCUACCCGGCUCAGGCAGCCGACGAGCUGAGCUUCAAAGAAGGAGACAUGGUCACGAUCCUGCAGAAACCCGAAGGCUCCGACUGGUGGUGGGCUUCGCUCUGCGGGAGGGAGGGCUUCGUCCCAAACAACUACUUUGGGCUUUUCCCAAAGGUCCGGCCAAAAUCUCUGUGUUGAGUGAACUCUUGAUGAUCAUCCCUGGUGAAACUGGUGUCGAAGAUAGUCUCAAAAACUGUGCUUUACCGGCGAUAUUGCUGCAAGACAUGUGAAAUGUUUAUUAUCUGUAAGUCAAGGAGAGUUGAAGGAGAAGUCUCAGUAUUCAUUCGGGCCUUACUGACAAGGAUAUAUCUCUUUUCAUUUAUAUUUGUUCUACUGUAGGAUAUAUAUACUUUUCUUCUAAUAAAGGUACAAUUCUGUUUUUACUCAGUGUUUCUGUCCAGUUUUACCUUCAUGUCCAAAGGUUACUAAAAGGUCACUAAUCGCAGUGUAAACAGCGGAUGUUUGAGUCCACUCGUCUGUGAGGUCAGUGUGCAGCGGUAGCUCGGUCUCAUUAUCGGAACAGUUUAUCUGCUGCUACAUCAAAAUGUUUAAAUAAAAAGAACAGUUUGAACUUGACAUGGAACUUUUAAGAAAUAUUCUCUUUGCAGAUGUCACUGUUAAAUAUUAGUGCUAUGGCCACUGGAGCAUAUUUUUCUGAUCAGAGCAUCUGAAGGAUUCUAAUAACUACAUUCAUAUAUAUAGAGAGAGAGGUAGUGUUCUCCAUCACCAAGACUUCUGCUUAGCUUUGGUUCUUAUGCACAAUGUUCAUCCCCUGUUAUAUAUAUAUAUAUAUAUAUUGCUGCCUAUAUAAAUGUAUCUUAUUUAGGAGAGAAUGUGUUUUCCAUGACGAUGGGACCUGGUGUAUUUGUGGAUGUGUACGUUUUUCCUAGUGGUAGGAUGAAUGUGAGUGUUACUUCAUGUGAUCCGUGUACAGUGUUGUCACUCGCUAAGCGCUUAACAUUUAACUCUUUUCAUGGGCACACGGUGACCGAGUGGUUAAAUAUUCAAAAAGUGUAUGAGUCAUGUGUUUAUAGCUUUGUUUUCAAACCGUGUGAAUCAUCAUCGCAAUCACGUUUUUUUGUGCCUCGAAAUAAAAUUGUGAAACGUCUCUUAGUUGCCCAGCAGGGGGCACUGUGUAACCAAUUCAGCGUCCGCAGUUAACAGUUGAAUUUGUUUUACCGGUGGCAAAUAUAAACUGAUGCAAACAUU